AUGGUCCGCUCAGACAAGAGAUGCGAUGGGUGUUGGACAUGUCGAAUUCGCCGAAAAAAAUGCGACGAAACACGACCUGAAUGCGCCAAUUGCACUGGCCUGCAAAUUACUUGCCAUUACGGCAGGCUGAAACCCGAAUGGCUUGAUGGGGCCGAGAAGCAGGAGGCUAUGGCUGCCAAAAUCAAGUCUCAGAUUAAACAACAAGCCGGCUAUCGUCGAGAGAGACAUCACGCUUCAGCAGUAGCCAUGAGCUUUGCAUCAACCGCCCAAGGAAGGGAAGAUUCCGAAUUCGUCAAUCUCAUCCCGAAACAUGACCUCUCUUCAGAUGAACCGAGAUCACAUAUUGAUGCGACGUGGCCAAAUGCGGCAGUCACAUUAAUAGACGACAGCCAAGACUCGAUUGGAGUCGACCCGAGUAAACACAAAGUUCCCGAGACUCUACCAGGAUUCAACUUUGCAUACAAUCCCCAAUUGGGGUCCAGGCCUGGCUCAGAGAUACUCUCGUCCUGGGGAGAAGACGAGAUGAAUCAUCUUAUGAGAUACUUGGAUCAUGUGUUUCCGUUUUUAUUUCCAUUUUACCGAACUAGUCUGCUUGAUCCCGGACGAGGCUGGAUCUUCCAACAUAUUACACAUAGCAAAGUCUCUUUUCAUUCAGUAAUCGGUAUAAGCGCUUAUUUUUUCAGCGUUGCUCUAAGUGAGAAAUAUUCAGGACGAGAGCAUGAGAUGUGCAAGACAGUAGUCUGGUCCAAACUCAUACAACAAGCGGAUAUGUGUUUCGACAUGUUGCAGCAGGAUAUACAAGAGCUGAAUGACCGGGGCGAUGAAGCAAACCUGUUAGAUAAAGUGCGAGUCAUGGAGAGUAUUGUCCAGUUUCUCAUUUUUGAGACAGCGGUAGGUAGGUCGGCUAACUGGGAUAAUCAUUUAUCGCCCACCAUCGCUCUCUUCCGAGGCAUAUUACAAAAUUACGACCUGAACAACUCUGUAUCUGCAUUAGUCGAUAUUUUGAGUAAGAUUGCUCAGCGUCCGUUGUAUGCCCUCAGGAAAGAUCACUAUGUUUGGGACAACAGACAGGAAUGCUUUCGGUUCUUCGCCGGUAUUCUUCUCUUCAUCGACACUAUAGCGAGCACCUCUCUUAGACGGCCACCACAGCUACUGGAGUAUCAUCCACAGUUUCUUACCGAUAAAGAUGAUGGAGAAUACAUCAAGGGUGAGGCUCCUAUCAGGCUAUCUAGACUUGUCGGUUGUCACAAUUGGGCUAUUCGUGUCGUUGCAGAGAUCUCGGCGUUGGACGUCUGGAAGAAAGAGAAUAUGAGACCGGGCAGCUUGUUUGAGACAGAAUUGGCUGAGCGUGCCCGCUACAUUGAUCAGAUUCUCGAGGAGGGUAUGUCACAGUUGAAGAACCUUUACGCUACUGAUACAGUAACGUCUACAAAGAUCUGGGCCUACGCGGCGAAAAUAUACCUUGCCGUAGUUGUCUCUGGCUGGCAGCCAAUGUCGCCAGAAGUGCGGUCUAGUGUAGCACAUGCGCUUCGUUCAUUACAGACAGUAGUUAGUUCCUCUCACUUGCGAGUACUAGCUUGGCCGCUCUGCGUUGCUGGUUGCAUGGCUGAGCGCUCUCAAGAGCAAGCCUUUCGAAACCUCUUCUCUGAGUUGGAUAGGACUGCACUAAUUGGGAUUUUGGGCGAGGCACUUCGCGUCAUGGAGAGCGUGUGGCAAAAUCGAGGAAACAUGAGCAGUGAAAUGUGGGAUGUAGAAGCAUGCUUGAAUAUUCUUGGCACACCAGUUCUGUUAGCUUAA